GUUGUUGUUGUUGAGCUGGUUGUUAUGGCUGGACCAGGACCAGGCCUCGGACUAAACUGAGAGAGGAUCCCCCGUACCACCACCCUCCCUUUCCCCCCCUACACCCCCCUGGUCUGGUCUCCGUGCUACGGGACACCCGCCACCCCCCAUGGAGGGCACGGACAUGGACGUGGACGCGGAGCUCAUGCAGAAGUUCAGCUGCAUGGGCACCACCGACAAGGACGUCCUCAUCUCGGAGUUUCAGAGGCUGCUCGGCUUCCAGCUCAACCCGGCCGGCUGCGCCUUCUUCCUGGACAUGACCAACUGGAAUCUUCAGGCUGCUAUCGGUGCAUAUUACGACUUUGAAAGUCCCAAUAUCAACACGCCAUCCAUGUCCUUCGUCGAAGAUGUGACAAUUGGGGAAGGAGAGUCUGUUCCUCCAGAUACACCGUUCACAAAGACCUGGAGAAUACAAAACACAGGUGCAGAGUCGUGGCCUCCGGGGGUUUGUUUAAAGUACAUCGGCGGGGAUCAGUUUGGCCAUGUAAACACGGUUAUGGUGAAGUCGCUAGACCCCCAAGAAAUAUCAGAUGUCAGCGUACAGAUGCGAAGUCCCACAGCUCCCGGCAUGUACCAGGGCCAGUGGAGGAUGUGCACAGCCACAGGAUUAUUUUAUGGAGACGUAAUCUGGGUGAUUCUUAGCGUAGAAGUCGGAGGUCUCCUCGGCGUGACCCAGCAGCUGUCCUCCUUCGAGACAGAAUUCAACACUCAGCCCCAGCGCAACGUGGAGGGAGACUUCAACCCUUUCGCCUCGCCACAGAAGAACAAACACGAUGCGACUGAUGGCUUCAGAGACCCCAGCGGAGCCUGGGAACGCACGCAAGAGCCAAUCCAGCAAGAUCAAAACGGACUGUCUCAUAAUGCUGUAAAUAGGUCGUCGAAUGGUCUCCAAACCAACCUCUCUGUGGUAACUUACGGUCAGGGUAUUCAUGGACCCUAUCCGUUUGGACAGAGCUAGAAUGACAAAGACCUCCCCCAAUUUGGAUGAUGAGCAUAACACCCCAGGAGUCCUUAAAUGCAGGAGGAGUUGGAGGGGGGGGAGGAACAGUUGUUUUAUAUUGACUCAUGACAACCCCUCUCCCCAACCCAUGGCCCUUUUCCACAGAAACACAAAACUACAGUGAGGUGAUGGAUUACAUCCGCUACCGUGAAACAUCCCAUCUGACAUCAUCAACACCUGGAUGCGCAUGUGUAAAUGCUUCAUUUAUGAGUGCUAUAAACCCUUAAAAAGAAAAUAGAUACACACGACUAUUUUUUAUUUCCACACGCAUAAUUAAAGAGAAGAUCAACCCUAAACAGCCAACAUACAAUUCGUCACUUCAACGGGCAAUUCAAUACUCUGUCUCUUUGGGGUUCCUACACAGGUCUGUACGGAGAGUACUAAACAAGCUACUAGUGAUUAUAGAUCAUUCAGAGGCCUUGAAAAAAAGUGUUUAAAAGAAAGACUGAAUAAGUGUGGAAUGUAUUUUUCAUUUGGAAGAGAAAAAAAGUGUAAUCUUUUAUUCACAAAUUCCUCUAGAUGACAGCCUUACACCACUUUCACUUACAAAAAGCUGGGCAAUGCUGUGGGAUGUCUUAACUCAAUUAUAAGCUGAGUGUUCACGUCUGCAGCUUCAAUUUAAUUCACAUCACUGCAAAAAAAACAAAAACAAAACAGAAGUAGUUCAAGUACAUUCAUAAAUACGUGUGCAGGUUGGCAGGAAGUUUGCUUUUAACAGUUGAGGUUCACCAUGAUGUGCCCCAGCUUUGGUAUAACUAUAGGAUUUGUUUUUCUUUCUUCUGUCUUGUGAAAGGUUCAGACAUCUUGUGAUCUAUUCCAAAAAAAAAAAUGACAGCAAGCUUUGCUCAACCUCAAAACUACUUUGAGAACCUGUGAUCUGCUGUCAUCUUCCAAGUAUUUUUGUAUAAUUGAGAAUAAUGGAAAUUAUGACCGCGAGGACUAUAAGUCAUUACCAAUGUUUAUAAAAGUUGUGACAUAGCAGCUAUAGGUUUAUAUUACAUGAAUAGCUCAGAGUUUGUAGCCAGUGUUUACCCUCACAGAGCAGUUUUGGACCCUCCUUGAACCCUCCUUGGAUUGAUCUCCACCAACAGUAAAUGCCUGGUUUUUCCUCGUCGUUUGCAUCUGUCUUAAAAUGAGUGUUAGUGUCUAGUCACAGAUCAGAUACUUAAUAUUUAAAUCACUUUCUCAGAAAUCAAAGAUAUUGAAAGAUGAGGGGCAAAUUUGUUGCAUUCUUAUGUAAAAAAAAAAACAACAACAAAAAAAAUUACGUGUGUGUGUGAUCCCAGUGUAGGAACCCUGUCUAUUCCCAAAGAUACAAAUCCAGAGAACCAAGACACUAAUCUGCGCUGUCAUCCAGCCACACUGUCUGCAGGUGCCCAGUUCAGACUGCAUGAGACAAAGUGGUGUUUUUUUUCUUUUUCUUUUCUUUUCUUUUUUCUUUUUUGUUGUUGUUGUUGUUGUUGGGGUGGGUUUUCAUGUUAAAUAGAUGCUGAAGCGGAAGGAGUUUUGAGCAAGUGAGGUGUGAGGAAGGGUUGAAAAAAGCCAUCUUAAUCUAUUUUGCCUGGUGAGUGAUUUUAUUUUUCCAUGUCUGUGUGUACUAGGUGUGUGUGUGUGUGUGUGCGUGCGUGCGUGUGUGGAUGUAUGUUACGGUUAUUCUUUGGAUUGAACUGACAUGAAAUGGUGUAUACUACUUGGGCAAAAAGGAUGACGAAACUAUUAAAAAAAAAACACAUCUGUACUGAGAGCGAUUUACUAGGCGUGUACCUCUGAAGUAUUGUUGAGUGAUUAUUCACUGUUUGGAUGAACUGACUCACUAAUUAACCUGAUGUUAUUUAUUUGCUGUCUUAUUGUACACUGCAGAUGCAAAAAAAAAAGAAGAAAAAAAAGCACCAUUUACAGCCAGCAGGUGGUGCUAAAAAUCAGAUGACCAACUAUAACUUGACUCCAUAUGCUGAGUACAUGAGAAAAAGGUGAUAAAGUUUGAUUGUGGUGAGAUUUUAAUGGUUUGCAUCAGCUUUUUUUUUUUUUUUUCUUUGUUUUCUUUGGCACUGAUGUUAUGUUACUGCUAUUUGCACAAUGCUUUUUCACCACUUUUGAUCAUUUUUUUUCUGUGUGUGUGUGUGUGUGUGUGUGUGUGUGUGUGUGUGUGUGUGUGUGUGUGUUUGUGAUACCAUCAUUUUUCAGAAAGUUUUUUUUCCCCUCAUCUUCUCUCCCAAAUAUCGCCUUCAUUCUCCACAGCUUUAGAUUUUCAGUUUCAUCGCUGCAUCGAUUUCUGAGCAUAAAAAAAUGAAGACUGUUACUCUUGAUUACACAUAUCUGAGAACAAGUUACACAGUUUGCCUGCUAUCACACCGUAUAAUUUUAUCUUACAUCAGCUUUGAUGUGCUCAUUAUGUCAGAUGAUGAAUUUGAUCGUGUUUUUUGGGCUUAACAAUAAAAUGGGAACUUCAUUAUAGUGUUACUUUUUUUUUUUUCUAAAGUGGCGUAUUUCUAAAAGUCUCAGAUGAAACAUAAUUAAUAAAGUUAAUGUCUUAAUUUAUCAAACUUCCUCCCAGUUUGUUGCCUUCAUGAUCAUGUUGUUACCCAUUGGUAAAACUCACCAGCAUUCUGUGUUGAACCGCUGCUUUAUUUGUAUUGAGAGUCAACUGAGAGUCCUCCUCCCAAACAGUAUACACUGUUCUGCGGUGCUUCUUUCAGUCACGUCAUUCUUUUUUUCCUUUUUGUGUGUGCGUGCGUGCGUUCUUCCCUUUUGUGAGCUUGCCUGUGUACGUGUGUGAGAGAGAGAAAGAGACAGAUGGUGAGGAAGUCUGAACAUUGCUGGAAUUUAUUCUCUAGUUUUAGUGUGUGACUAUGUGCGGGUUUAAGAUGGGUGGUGAAUGGAUGAGAUGAAAGUUUACAUAGUCCUAAAAUAGCACAUUUAUCUGAAGAGAAAUUGUCAGUAUAAAGCUUUUUUUCCCCCCUGUAUCUAUAAUUAAGCAUUUGUAUGAUUAAAUUAACACUGA